AUGUCAUCAGCGGCGACACAGAAGCCUGCGCAAGCAGCAGGACAGAAGCGACAGCUAUCCGAACAAGAGGCGGCACAACUUUACCAGUCACGACGAUCCGAACUGCAAGGUAUCGCAUCCAAGAUUGGCGAACUCGAGGGCGAAGCUGAUGAGCACAAACUUGUCAUCGAUACACUCACCGAAGCAUCGAAAGCUGACCCGGAUCGCAAGUGUUUCCGUCUCAUCGGCGGUGUUCUGGUAGAGCGCACGGUCAAAGAGGUGCUUCCGGCGCUUCAAACCAAUCUCGAAGGCCUCAAGCAGAUCCUCGAAACACUUCUCAAGCAGUACAAGCAGAAAGAAUCCGAGUUACAAGACUUUCAGCGCGAAUAUGCCAACUGA